AUGGGUCACCGAUGGGUACUUUGUGUCUUAAGCUACUUGAUAUCCUGUGUGUUCGCACAGAAUGUCUCCAGUGGGACUGAUUAUGGGUUCUCCAAUGACCCAAUUCUUCAGUUCCGACCUGCCUUUGCUCGGUCUCUCCCCGUGCAGAUCCUACUCGUCGGGAUCGUCCUCACACUCUCCUCCGUACUGCUCCUCCACCUAAUCUUUACCGCCCAAUACCACUGGCCACUCGCGCCAGUCAACUUUGCACUCCAGCUGUCGGCGGUAUCCAUCCUCCUCAUCUCCUCAAUUGUAACUUUGCAAGUCGUCUUAUCCACCGCGACGGAGCAGAGCCGUGUUUGGCCGUACAUGCUCAAUUAUGUCGCGGUGGAUUUACCUCCUACGGGGACGACUGACUGGCCAAUAUCGCAGGUAGCCGGAUGGUUAUUGAUGAAUGCGACAACGUCUGUACUGAUUCAGAUCACACACAUCCAAUUCCUCACCCUGCUUUUCCCCUCGACGCUCGAACGUCGACUCAUCUUUUGCCUGCUCGGCCCGCUCGCUUGUCUAUCUGCAGUGAUGCAAAUGUUGCGGAUCCACGAGGGCUCGAAGUUGGAAGGCCUCGCCUCAGCGGUGCAGAACGUCUGCAAUGCAACUCUCUCGCUGCUCUUCACAGGGUCUCUCUUUGUCUGGGGCUUCCUCGUGAACCGCAAGCAGGCCUGGCGCACGGACGGCGGGACCGCCGCGUUCGGCGCGGGUGCGCUGACGCUGGCACCCAUGUCGACCGCGAUCUCGUUCCUCUACGUGCCGAGCAAGGACCAGUACACGUGGAUGCCGCCGCUGAUGUGGUCCGUCAUCCUCUGGCAGAGCUUCCUCGGCUGGUGGUGGUGGGUCGGCGCAGGCAUGGGCGUCGGCGAGAUCGACGAACGCCUACAGCGCGAGGAGAAGCGCCGUCGGAAGCGCAAGAUGCGCCUGGCACGCCGGCAGGUCCGUCGCGAGCGUGCAGAGACGCUCUGGAAGGGCGUCACGGGCGCAUUCGGUUUCAGCCGCCAGCCGGGGGCGGGAGAGCAGGGCGAGGAGGGUGAGGAGGCGUUCGACCUCGCGCGGCGAAGAACCCGCGGCCGGCGGCGCAGCUCCGCAGAGAGCGAUCGCUCUGCAGUAUCGGCGGGCUCAGACGCGUCGAAGCAGCCGUCCAGUGCCUCAACACUCACGAAUGCGUCAUCAAGCAGCGGGAUGUUUGCGCAGCUCUGGAAUCACCCGGCGGGGCGGUACAUGUACGGGUGGUUCCUGCACGUGCGGCACGCGCACCUUACCGCCGCGCGGGAGCAAGCGGUCGAGCAAGUGGAGAGAAUCAACCAGGUGUACGGGAAGGAGGGCGGGGAGAACUCGACGAACUGUCGGAGCGCUGUUGGUUGGGGUCUAGGGAGCUUCGGGACCAAACGGAGUGUGCAGAGGCAGACGGGCCAGGUGAACUUGGACGGAAAUUACGAGAUGGAGCCAGUCAAGAAACCGAGAGUUGGCCGCGGGAAGGAGAACCCCGAGGACGACGUGCAGCGUGUGCAUGUAGAAGAGGGGCGCUUACCAGAUACGCAACAGGCGCGGAUGCACCGGCCAACGUCGAUGUGGUGGUGGGGCCCUUUACAGCGAUGGCGGCUGCAAGACGCCACUGUGUAUUGA